AUGACCGUUGGCGUAGAAUUGUUAAAUACACCAGAACCACAUUUAAUACCAGGAUAUACCGGUUUUUCUCCUCAAUAUCGUUAUCGAUGCGGAGAAACUUAUGGAAGUCUCACCCAUAAACUUCUUCUCGAUCCUUGCGUGAAUCAUUCGGAAACACUUGUUUUAUCGAAUCGUGCCACCGACGAUUAUCAAGUGAGCAGACCUCCUAAAAAUGACAUAGACAUCGUCAAUUCGCGAUUCAAAAGAACAGAUCCCAUUUAUGUUCAUCCGACUAUUCCAGGCUACGAAGGUUUUGUACCAAAUUUCAAUGCAAAUUGCGGACAAAGAUACACGGUACUCGCUACCGAAGGAUUAGCCGAAUUUGAAAGGCAACAAAUUAAAAAUAAAGAGGCACUUAAUCAACUCGAAACAGUAAUUGCUUUACAAAGCGGAAGAAGUGAACCGCGAAAUUUAAAAGAUCGUUUGCUAAUCGAAAGUCAAUUUAAAUUACCUAUGAUCACCGUUCGUCCCGAUUGCGUCGGAGUUAUGAGAAACUUGCCGGUCGAUGAACAAUACGAAGUUCCACGAGAUCAUGCUCCUUCCCCUUACUUUAUGGAUAAUGCCAACCCUACAAAAUAUUUUAUUAGCGGAUAUGCUGGACAUAUUCCAUAUGGAUAUGCACACUUUGGAGCAACCAAUGUACCUGCUACCAAUAGUGCACUUUGUGAUUUUACUUCAAAUUAUCGACAUCGGCAAAGCACCGAAUGGGCACCUGUAACAAUUUCAAAACCUGAUCCCCCUCUUCUUAUUCAAUCGACUGAAAUUUAUCAUAAACACGUUGGUUUGUUACCUAAUUAUCUUGGUCAUGUUCCCGGGCAGACAUUUAGAUUUGGUAAAACAUUUGGUGCUGAUACCAAAGAUGCAAAGAGAUGGCUCCGCGGCGAUUUUUCAACAUAAAUUUCUAAU